AUGCGCCAGCCGCUGCAGGAGAAAGCCCUGGCCGUCUGCGUGAACCCGCCAAGGAAGCCCUAUGUCCACUUGGAGAGCGGUGGCUUCAGGGGCCACAGCUGCUCCCCUCCUGUGUGUCAGUUGCAGGAACCUUCCCUCUACACCGUCAAAGCCGUUUUCAUCCUGGACAGUGAUGGGCGCCGGCUGCUGGCCAAGUAUUAUGAUGACACCUUCCCCUCCACCAAGGAGCAGAUGGCCUUUGAGAAAAAUGUCUUCAGUAAGACCAGCCGGACUGACAGUGAGAUUGCAUUUUGGGGGGGCAUGACCAUCGUCUACAAGAGCAGCAUUGACCUCUUCCUGUACGUGGUGGGCUCAUCCCACGAGAAUGAGCUGAUGCUCAUGGCUGUUCUUACCUGCCUGUUUGAGUCUCUGAACCACAUAUUAAGGAAAAACGUGGAGAAGCGCUGGUUGCUGGAGAAUAUGGAUGGAGCCUUCUUGGUGCUGGACGAGAUUGUGGAUGGCGGCGUGAUUCUGGAGAGCGACGCUCAGCAAGUGAUUCAGAAAGUGAAUUUUCGGGCAGAUGACAACAGCUUAACCGAACAGAGCGUGGCCCAGGUCUUUCUGCCCAAACUAAUCCUGCUUUUAUGGAGCUUCCUGCCCUGCCGCUAACUCCCUCUCCCCUGGAGACCCAGGUUCUUCAGUCAGCCAAGGAACAAAUUAAAUGGUCGUUACUGAAAUGAAGGCAGUGGAUUGAGGGCCCCCAGCCCUAGUCCUGGAGAAAUCCCAAAGACCCCCAGCACAGGAGAAACACCAGUAUCCGGACCCCUCCCAGAACUGACUCCUGAGGUCUCAGCCUGGAAUCGCCAAGGUUGGGUCCCAGCAACCGAGUUGCCCCUCUUCCCCGCUCCUCGGCCUCCGGAGCCUGAUAAACCUGAUGUUCUCUCCA